AUGAAUUCUCGCUUGUCACGGAAAGUUUUAGGCUCCAGCAGCGACUCCGACUCCGACUCCGACUCCGACUCUGGCUCUGACUCUGACUCUGACUCUGACUCUCACUCUGACUCUGACUCUGACUCUGACUCUGACUCUGACUCUGACUCCGACUCCGACUCUGACUCUGACUCUGACUCUGACUCUGACUCUGACUCUGACUCUGACUCUGACUCUGGCUCUGACUCUGUCACUGCCUGUGCUUCUGGCUCUGGCUCUGGCAUUGACUCUAAUUCUGUCUCCGGCUCCGACUCUGACUCUGACUCUGUCACUGCCUGUGCUUCUGGCUCUGGCUCUGGCAUUGACUCUAAUUCUGUCUCCGGCUCCGACUCUUAA